GCCUCUCAGUCUAAACAUGAAGGCUGAUACUUGGAGUUUGCGAGAAGAUGGGCGCGAAGAUGGAAGAAAAGCGUUGUUAGACUUCCGGGUAUUCACGGAAUCACGGAUAGUGCCUGACUUAUAGCUGAGACGUGAUUAGUCAGAACAACGUCAGACCAUAUUAGAGUGGAGCAGGUCUGAUUUAGUCACGAUUGAUUGAAUUGUCAUCGUGAACACUGGGCCGAACUCCCACUUCCAGGGCCCCAGGACUUCGUCAAUACAUCUUCUGCAUAACCACGCUUCCGAUGAACGCCAGCCGCAGUCCGACGAGUCUUUCUUUGCUCCCCGCCUGAUCGCACGAGAUGAACGCACCUCGUUUCCUCGCCCGCGUGGCCGCGCGCGCACCCUGCUGCCGCCGUCCACUCUUCGCCACACCCAUCUCGUCCUUCCACAGCUACCCGCUCCCUGCGCAGACGACCACGCCACCCCGCAACGACGACGUGCCCGAGACGUCCAUCUCGUCGCCCUCCCAGCAGCAGCAGCCGCCGUCGCAGCAAUCGCCACCUCUCCCCAAAGUCCACGAGACACGGCCUCUCAAGCAGCAGCCGCCCGCACCCACGUCCAAGACAGAGACCGAGACGGAGGCACAGAAGCCCAAGCCCCGGAAGCGACCCACGCUGCGCCCGCGAAAGGCCGCCAUGACGCUGACGCCCUCGGCGGUGGAGCACCUGCGCGAGCUGCUCGACCAGCCGGAGCCCAAGCUGAUCAAGGUCGGCGUGCGCAACCGGGGCUGCAGCGGGCUCGCGUACCACCUCGAGUACGUGGACAAGCCGGGCGCCUUUGACGAGGCCGUCGAGCAGGACGGCGUCAAGGUGCUGAUCGACAGCAAGGCCCUCUUUAGCAUCAUCGGCAGCGAGAUGGAUUGGGCCGAGGACAAGCUGAACCAGCGCUUUGUGUUCCGGAACCCGAAUAUCAAGGAGGAAUGCGGGUGCGGCGAGUCUUUCAUGGUGUAGACGGGUGCUGGACUGGCAUACAUCAUCAGCAUGGAGAGCAAGCGAGCAUCGACCAUGACUACAUUGAACCAUGACCACAUUGAUUGCAUUGUACGGCGUUAGGCUGGGAGCGGCACAGAUCCGCGCGUGGGUAUAUCACGAUUUGUCCACUGAUUGUAUUACUCGUUAUAUAUUCGAUGAUAUAUAGACUUGGUGCACCACUUUUCAGCCCGAUGAAUACAUGCGGGCCGACAGUCACUGCGUAGCUGUAUUUUGUAAAACGCAACAUGUACAGACUAUAGUAUACUGCUGGCA